AAAAGUAAUUAAUUACGAUGUAUUUUAUAUUCUGGUUAUUGAACCUGCUUGUCACUCUAUUCCACAUCACAGGGGUAACAUCAAUUAGGCUGGUAGACUCUAACGAAACCGGCCUAGCAAGAGGAGCAGUGCCUACAGUCAGCAGUACUUCAACGACAGUUAAAUGGCCAGAUGACGUAGCAUGCGAUUUUGAUUCUUACACAACUUGUGGUUGGGGUCAAGUUUUAUUCAGUGAUGAUUUUGACUGGAAAUUAGGAGACGGUAAAGAUUCCCACAGCAAGAAUAGAAGAAGAGGUGGAAGAACGGGAACUAAAGAUGAUCACGGCGGAGAUGGGGGAUAUAUGUACAUCAAAGCAGGAAGAUGGAACAACCGAACAGCUAAACUCCGUACACUCCCGUUCGACCUUAACCAAGAUGGCUGUUUUAAAUUUUGGUAUCAUAUGAGAGGUAGACACAUGGGACAUCUUAAACUCUAUGAAAUAGAUUUUAAUCCGUCCAAGUUAAAACUGCCAGAUAUAUCAAGUUUUCGCAUAAGAUGGGAAUUAUAUGGAUCUCAAGGUGGAUUGUGGCAACAAGGCGCAGUCGCCAUAAAACCACCAAAACUUUCAAAUAUGAGGAAAAUUUUGAUGUUUGAAGCUUUUGACUGGGACAAAGGACCAAGUGGGAACAUAGUACUGGAUGAUAUCACCUUUGAUCCUCUGAAUAAUCCUAGCGACUGCGCUUUUUCUCCAUCUGAAGCAGCUCCUCCUGUUAAGGGAACUACGACAACUUUCACUACUAAAGCAAUGACAACAACACCUAUAAUCAAUAGUGAAAAAAUGUCAACUGCGAAGCAAUUUUCUGCAACAACAGAUUUAACUGAUAGUUACAAACCUGGAGUUUCUUAUUUGCCAACUUUUAUCAAUAGUUCAGGAACUUUGAGAACGUUUUUACAGACAAAUUCUGUCCCACAAUCAAACAAAACAAGAACUUUCGUUGCGAAUUCAACUCAAUCUACUACGAUAAUUGAACCAUUUACUGCAUCAGAUUACUCGGUUUCUGCAGAACAGAGCACGAUAACAGAUCUACAAACAAACAUUUCCAUAUCUCUGCCGAGUGGCGGACUUUCAACAAAACAUUCCAAAAAUAUUUCGGUUGUUGGAGCUGCUGUUGGAAUAGUUAUUGGCAUUCUUGUUCUUGUGGCAGCAACAUUGUGCUUCUUGAGAAAUCAAAAACGCCGCAGAUUUAAUUAUUACGACAACAGUACAGUGCACAUGACACGAAUGUCGCCUGAUGCUGUAGACACCUUGGAUACCUCAAUGAUAUAUCAAAAAUUAGCAUGAGGAAAAUUUACCAGAUUUAUUAUUAAUUUGAUAUAUUUAUUUUUUCAAUAGGCCGAUAUCUAAAUUCGUCAUGGUUUACACCAACUGAACCAUUUUACGAUCUGAUAUCUUUAAUUUUACUUUUCUAAAAUACUAAUGCUUGUCAAUUAUUUUCCAAGUUAAACCAUAACAAAGGUUUAUCGCCGUAUUAUCGCCAUUGAAUGGAAACUUUAAAAGCGGAUAUCGCUGAUUUCGUUUUUGCCGAUUCGAAAACUAGAUGACAGGUGCGGGUUGUUGUUUAUUAUGCUGUUAAUGGACUUGUUGUUCAAAUUGGGGAUAAAAUGCUAGAUUUCCAAAUGACGCCUUUGUUGUUGUUUGUAAAAUGUAAAUAUAAAUGUAAUUUCCUAUAUAUAUACUAAUAAAACUAUGUAAUUUCCUAUAUAUAUACUAAUAAAACUAUGCUCCAGGACUACCCAAGUCGCCUUAUAAAAUAAACAAAGCAUAAUGUUUUUUGACUUGUGCACGUAUCGUGCUAUAUUGUAAAUGUUUUAUUAUGUUCAUUUACUUUUCAUAGCUAGCAUAAUAAACAUUAGAGCUAUUCACAUA